GUUUCUAGAAAUAAUGAAAGAAAAACUUGAAAGGACAAGCAUCUUUCAAAUUUCUGGAGCGGAAAUAUUAGAAGUCGAGGAAUUACUACAGGAUAAGAAAAUACAACCAUUGCCUAACACCAUGAAGUUGCAUCAAGUUUCCUGGAUCAGUUCGAACAGUGAUACCUUGUAUUUGCGAGAACUGUCGUGUUUUCAGUGUAGGAAUUCCAUUUCCUGUCCGCAUAAUGCUAUUACACCGAGUCAGUAUCAACUGAAAUCUGGCAUGUCCAAAAAAUGUAAUCGUAGCAACCCCGACCUAGAUAAAAUAGAGAUAGGCACCGCAAUUUCUGUAUCUAAGGGUAAUACGACACGGGAAGAAAAUACGGAAGUAAAUGAAAUCAGUGGGAAAUAUAAGAAAGACGAUUGGGUGGCCGUCGUUUUUGAUGAUCAGUGGUAUCCAGGACAGGUGUUAUAUGCUGACGGUAAUAGUCUAGAAAUAAAAUUCAUGACUAGAUCCAAAAGGAAUUUUAUGUGGCCACAAAAAGCAGACGUCCAGAAGAUUCCACAAGAUGGAGUACUUUGCCCUCUGAAAGUUCCUACCAAAUUGUCUUCACGUGUUUUUAAGUUUGAAAACUCUGAUUCAUUGAACUCUCUAAUGGAGUCCCUUGACUAGUUUUACAGUGUUCUAAUGCCUUUUAUAAUGUUUGAGUUUGGUUUUCUUUUUAAUAAAUACCAUGUUUACUUUUUGGUAAUUUUGUUACAUUACCGUCCCUUCAUAAAC